AUGGACCCUGCCCCACCCCCGGGACCCUGGCUCCACCCAGCUCCCCUCUUCUGGGUCCCAGCCUUUCCUGGCCACAUCCCAUGGGACCUCGCCCCGCCCCCCAGACCCCGCCUCCGGACCACGGCCACGCCCCCUAGGACCUCGGCCCCGCCUCAGCCCGCUGGUCGGGGGCCACGGCGACCCCGCGCACUCUCCGGCCAUUCUGGGAGGAAGAUGCCACCGCUGUGCUCACGCCCUGGCCGCCACCUCUUCCUGCCCCUCCUGGCCCUGCUGCUGCCCUGGCCAUGCCCAGCUCGCGCCCCUGUGCCCCCGGGCCCUGCCGCCCUGCUCCAGGCCCUCGGGCUGCGCGAUGCGCCCCGGGGCGCCCCCACGCUCCGGCCCGUCCCCCCGGUUAUGUGGCGCCUGUUCCGCCGCCGCGACCCCCAGGAGGCAAGGUCGGGCCUGCGGCGGACGCCCCCGGGGGCCACCCUGCAACCGUGCCACGUGGAGGAGCUGGGGGUCGCCGGAAACAUUGUGCGCCACAUUCCGGACCGCGGUGCGGCCGCCCGGCCCCCGGAGCCCGCCUCGGCCGCGGGGCAGUGCCCCGAGUGGACCGUCGUCUUCGACCUGUCGGCUGUAGAACCCGCCGAGCGCCCGAGCCGGGCUCGCCUGGAGCUGCGCUUCGCGGCGGCGGUGGCGGCGGCGGCCCCGGCGAGCGGCUGGGAGCUGAGCGUGGCGCGGGCUGGCGAGGCCGCGGGCCCGGACCCGGGGGCAGUGCUGCUCCGCCAGGCGGUGCCCGCCCUGGAGUCGCCGGUGCGCGCCGAGCUGCUGGGCGCCGCCUGGGCACCUAACGCCUCGGUGCCGCGCAGCCUCCGCCUGGCGCUGGCGCUGCGCGCCCGGUCCCCUGCCGCCUGCGCGCGCCUGGCCGAGGCCUCUCUGCUGCUGGUGACCCUCGACCCGAGCCUGUGCCACCCUCUGGCCCGGCCCCGGCGUGAGGCCGAACCUGCUGCGGGCGGCGGCCUCGGGGGCGCGUGUCGCGCGCGGCGGCUCUACGUGAGCUUCCGCGAGGUGGGCUGGCACCGCUGGGUCAUCGCGCCACGAGGCUUCCUGGCCAACUACUGCCAGGGCCAGUGCGCGCUGUCCGCUGCGCUGUCUGGCCCUGGCGGGCCCCCAGCACUCAACCACGCCGUGCUGCGCGCGCUCAUGCACGCCGCCACCCCAGCCGCCGGUGGCCUGCCCUGCUGCGUGCCCGCGCGCCUGUCGCCCAUCUCCAUGCUCUUCUUCGACAACAGCGAUAACGUGGUGCUGCGGCACUAUGAGGACAUGGUGGUGGAUGAGUGCGGCUGCCGCUGACCAGGGGCGGGUGGGGGGCGAGGAACCAACAAUAAACACUGCGUGGUCUGCUC